AUGGGGUUUCCGAGGGUCCCCCCUGAACAGUCAUCGGGGAGUGGGCACUCCUUUGGCACCCCACGCCAUGCGAGAGUCAUUGACCCCAUCCUAUCAAAGAGGGUCUGCUUCUACAAAAGUGGAGACCCUCAGUUCAAUGGCCUGCGCAUGGUCAUCAACAACCGCACCUUUAAAACAUUUGACGCUCUUCUGGACAGUCUCUCUAAAAAGGUUCCCCUGCCGUUUGGGGUGAGGAACAUCACCACUCCUCGGGGGGUUCAUGCAGUCCAUACUUUGGAUGAACUGGAGGAUGGAAAAUCCUACAUCUGCUCCGAUAACCGUAAGGUCAAACCGUUCAACCUGGCAUUGGCCAGGAAGAAGCCGCCGCCAUGGUACAACGCAAGGCCUGUUAGUUCCCGUCGCCGGACCGUCCAGCAGGCCAGGUCUUUCCCCGGGAAGAACCUCCACAAGCAUGAGCAAGUGUUUAUGCGCACCCCAAAGAAGCUACUGGUUUUUCGCAAUGGGGACCCCACUGUUAAACACACAGUGGUGCUUCACAAGAGGACUACACCAUCCUUUGAGUCCAUCCUGGAUUAUAUUUCAGAGCUGGUACAGUACCAAGUGGCAAAAUUGCACACAGCUGAUGGAAAACGAGUGGAUGGUCUUCCAGGCUUGAUAUUGUGCUCUGGGACUGUAGUGGCUGUAGGCAGGGAGCCAUUCAGGCAUGCAAACUACAAUGAACAGAAAUCGCCAGGUCCAACAAUGCUGCGUACCAAAAGAGUGGGUUCAAGAAGACUAAGGGCUUUAAAACGAAGUUCAUACGACCUACCUAGUCACUCAUUGGAGUUGGAGUCAAGUCGUAUGCUGGAAUCAGUACCAGAAACACCUGAAGGGCAUGAAAGCGUCCUGCCCUCGGAGGACGACAUUGAAAAGUCCUUUCGUGUGAACCAAGAUGGUAGCAUGACAGUGGAGAUGAAAGUGCGCCUGACAAUCAAGGAAGAGGAAACCAUCCAUUGGACGACCACUCUGUCACGCUCAGCUUUAGCCAAUCAGCUUAAUGAGACCUGUUUGCCCGAGCUUGAUGCAGAGCGGGAGAUCAGCUCAGCAAAACCAAACUCACAGGAAUUACAAAGCACUGCGGCCUCCACCGAUACCAUCAACAAGGACAGACCUCAUGAUAACAAUGACGAUAAUCCUCCAUCGCUGUGCAAUGGAGCUUUCAGUGAGAGUGGCAUAGAAGAGGACGAUACCAAAGUACACAGGGAGGUGGUGUCCCCUAGGAGUACUUCUACACCAGAGCGGAAGCAAAUGAGAAAAAAGCAAACAUCUCUGGAGAGUAUACAAUUAUUGACGGCAGAGGGGAUUCAGGAAGAUAUGGUCGGUUCCUACUCCUUCAGAGAGCAGAUGGAAAAUGGGGCCAUGACAGAGCAGUACUGCAUGGUCAAACAGAGUAGCAGUAGACCAGUGCCCAAACCUAGAAGAAUUAGCUCUUUCGAUGGCAACAGCAGAAAUGUGUCCACCUUCAAAUCAGCAGGUCUGAUGUCUGAAAUCCUGCAGAUUGAAUCCAACGAAGAGGAGGUCCAGGAAACCGUCUUACAUGUAUAUGAACAGCAGACCUACCAGGAAAGUCUGGGGGACAUCAUCAGCUUCUGA